UAUUCAUGGUUAUCCAUGGUUAUCCAUUAUUUUGGGGUCCAGCGUACAUCUAAGGAGGGGGUUAUAUUUACGCGCCCACGUGCCACAGUUCCUUAACGUUGAGAAAACACCAAUUGAUCAUCUAUCGCUCUUUUUUUAAAACUUUUUUUAUGAUGAUUCACGAUGGCCAUUCCCAAUGAUCGAUCUUGCAGUUUCCGAGUCAUAGCCGGGCAGACUGUGCUGUGACGUGUAUUUUGUGUUCUCAUUCUGACGUCAAUUGUGUAUCAUCUUGCGUGUGUAUCAAUAGGAUAAAACAAUAGAAACAACAUUGAGCGGGACACAAUGAAACAACGAAGCAUGAUAUCAUCAAAUAAAUACAACAGACAGCUACUUUGGAAACAUACAUCAAUUCAUUGAUUGAAAACUAUGUUCUCUAUCCGUCCCUUGACCAACGCGACUAAAUACAACACAGUCCGAAAUGGCCUGUCUCAAAUAACCAGAGCAACAAGAGCAAAGCAUGCGUUUUCUACUACCUCCUAUUCCAACGGAAAGGAUAACACGUCCAUCCUUCUACAAGACAAAGCCAAUGGUUUUGGGUUCGCUCGAUCAAAUCCUCGACCGACGAAACCAAGGAGUAAAGGUGUCACGGAGAUCAGAGGGCCUUACUAUACAGUCAUGGGAAAGCGGUACUUGGCUGAUAUUCUGGAAACUAUGGGCACACAUGUGGAUGGGUUGAAGUUUGCUGGGGGUUCUUUCGCUCUCUUUGAAGAAAAGCCAUUGCGGGAGCUCAUCGAUUUGGCCCAUUCGUACAAUGUUUAUGUAUCAACGGGUGGAUGGGCUGAGCAUCUGCUCACCCAUGCAGACGUGGAAUCGGUAUUCGACAAGUAUCUGAAAAAAUGCAGGGACCUCGGGUUCGACGUAGUUGAAAUAUCAUCUGGCUUCCUGAGCAUUCCCGGUGACGACUGGCUGCGAAUGAUAGACAAGGUGCAUUCAUACGGACUCAAAGCCAAACCCGAACUGGGCAUUCAAUUCGGAGCAGGCGGCGACACCGUAGCCAGCGAGCUAGAAGCUAUCGGGACGUCUGACCCGGGAAAGCUGAUCAACAUGGGGAAGAAAUUUCUGGACGCAGGUGUGGAGCGGUUGAUGAUUGAGUCUGAGGGAAUCACGGAGAAUGUCAAGUCAUGGCGGACGGAUGUUGUGAGCACCAUCGUCAAAGAACUUCCGCCUGAACGAGUCAUGUUUGAGGCCGCCGAUCCUAGUGUUUACAAUUGGUAUAUUCGAGAGUUUGGUCUGGACGUUAAUUUGUUCGUGGAUCAUUCGCAGAUCGUGCAAUUGAUGUGCUUGAGGCAUGGAAUAUGGGGAAAAUCGGAUACUUUCGGGAAGGUCGUCUCAUAUAGGCCUCAGUAGGAGCAGAAAGUCCUUUGAUUGGCCACCUUUGAGGCUGAAGACGAUGUUGGCCGUAUUUGUUAGCCUGAAGCUAUGGUUAUAAUGAUGCCAGGGCCCCCCGAGACCCCUCGUGAGGCCCCCUGAGUGCCUGCCUUAUAUAAAUAAGCCAUGAAAUAUAAAUA